UUCAUAUCUACCGCCGUCCACCCACCCCUAAGUCCCACCCCGAUCUCAUCCGGCAUGCUGCCUCCCGCCACAAGCAUAUACUCAUAGGUAGUCCUCUCGUCUGCCUCUCCGUUGCCAUUUCCAAGCAUGUCCUAACAGGUUUCGCAUACUGGCCGAAGUGACUCGUGCAAUAACUCGACGCAUUCCUCCUCUCUUCGCUCCCGACACGCCCCCGUUCACCGCUGUGCCAAGCUGGGGUGUCUGGUGAACAAUAAAUAUCCGUCUUAGUGCCUGCCGUCUUGUCCGUUCUUCUAACCUUUUCCACCUGAUGUCUAGUUUUUCUCGUCCUUCCUAGCUGUCUGAACCAGAGAAAGCCGCCGACGAAGCAACUCCCGCUGCUAAACUCCCCCCCCGUCGAACUACCGCCGGCUUCUUGCUGCUGCAGUGCGGGCUGACGCAUUCACCCUUUUUUUGAGUUCCCUACCCAUCCCUGUCCGAUAGCCACUCGCCGACCGCGAGUCGCGCACGAUGGCCCCCGACUUGACGUCGUCCGAAACCGGGACAAGCCUAGCCAACCCAGGCCCUAAUGCGGCACCACGCCAGGCCAAGAUCUGCGUCUACUGUGGUUCCUCGCCCGGGUAUAACCCGGAGUACGUGGAAGCUGCCCGGAAUUUAGGACGGCUCAUGGCCGAGAACAACAUCGCCCUAGUGUACGGAGGUGGCACGGUAGGGUUGAUGGGAGAGGUGGCCAAGACGAUAGUAGCCAUAUCCGGCCCCGGUGCGGUCCACGGUAUCAUUCCCGAGGCGCUGGUUAAGUGGGAGCGGGACUCGACAUACUCCGUAAAGAAGGACGCCAACGGCUACCACGUACCCGAGGAGGAGGUCUACGGCCGGACGACGGUGGUCAAGGAUAUGCACUCGCGGAAGAAGAUGAUGGCGAAAGAGGUGAUCGAGGGCGGGCCCGGCAGCGGCUUUAUCGCCCUCCCCGGCGGGUACGGCACGAUGGAAGAGCUUCUCGAAACGGCCACUUGGAACCAAUUGGGCAUCCACGACAAGGGUGUUUGCUUGCUGAACACAAAUGGCUUCUACGACGGCUUGACACAGUGGAUCAAGACGGCCGUCGACGAAGGGUUUGUCAAGGCGGGCAACGCUGACAUCCUCGUUACCGCCGACGACGCCGAGGGUGCUCUCAAGGCCCUGCGCGAAUACAAGGUCUCGGAUGCGCGGUACGGACUUGACUGGGGCAACGAGUAGAAGCGGUGCCCCGAAACCAGCCAACUUCUCACUCCAAUAUCACGCUCGCGGCGGGACAUACUCAUAUACAAUAGAGGCGGAAAUAAAGGAAAAGGGAGGGGAAGCAUAUAGGCUGCAUUCAUAGACAUUCCCGGCCUGGUUAAAAUAAACAUACCUCUCCGUUAAUUACAA